AUGCUGCAGAGGCUCGGACCAGCUUCGGUGGCAGGGUUGGUACCGCCUGCAGGGGUUGCUGCAGCAGCGACGGCAGCUGCUGAAGCUAUGAGAUUGCUGGGAGGGGAGGAGGACGAGGAGGAAGAGGAGGAAGAGGAGGGUGAGAGGGAGGGGAAGGGGAAAGUGAAAGAGGAAGAGGAGGGAGAAGUGGAGUCUAAGGGCGUGAAGGGAACUACCAUUCGUGCUGAUUCUGCUGCUGGCUCUAACGCUGCCGCUGCUGCUGCUGCUGCUGCUGCUGCUGCCGUGACUGCUGCCACACCCGACGCCACAGCACCAGCUGACUCUAUCCCAGUUAUACCCGAGACGGCCAAGGCGAAGCGCGCGAGGCUGCGAGCCGCCAGGCGCAGCGGCAGGCGAGCCGCUAUAGAGCAGAUUAACUCCUUUCUGCGAACGCGGCUGCUGGAAACACCUAUUCCCGCGGAGGUGACGCGGGUGCGGGUGGGAGGCGGCAAGGUGCGCGUGUACGUGGAGGGCGAGUAUCAGGCGGAUAUCACUGCUGGUUAUAUGUCGAAUCUGUCGCUUUGGAAGGUGAUUAAAGUAAAGAUUCUUGUACGGGGCGUGGAGAACGCGGCAGAGGGGGAGGGGGAGGAGGAAGAGGAAGAAGACGAGGAGGAAGAAAAAAACGAGGAAGAGGGGGAGGGCGCGGGAGAGGGCAGGGAGGAGAGGAAGAGGCGACGCCGGCAGCGAUCACAGGGAAGGAAAGGCACGGCGUCAAGGCAGCAAGGAGGGGCAUGCAGGUUGAAGGGUAUCAAGGGCAUCCCUAUGAGUGAGGUGCAGCAGAUGGCGCUAGCAGAUGAGCUGCAGCGACGCAUGGCAGCAGCAGCCGAGGACCCAAUCACAGCCCUCCACGUGGUGCUCCACCAGGUGUGCUGCGGCGUGGCAGCGGAUGAGAUUCUACUUCAGCUGCACGCGCUCUGCGCCGCCCGCUGGCGCCACCACGUUAAGUUUGAGGUCGCCGCCCGGGACGCGGGCGGCACGGGCGGCGGGAGAGGGGUAUCGGGGGGUGUGGGGACGUCUGGGGAACCCAGUGGGAGCAAAGGAUGGGUGGCAAGGGGCGGGGCAACAGGGGGAGUAGCAGGGGCAGGGGGAAUAGGGGGAAAGGGCGGAGUAGGAGGAGCGAGGGUCAGUGGUUCAGGAGCAGCAGCAUCGAGUGGGGGUGGGAGGGAGGGGGAACGAUCCGGGGCAGCAGAGGCAGGAGCAGGAGGAGCGGGGGCAGGAGAAGCAGCCGGGGGUGCAGCGGGGUUGCCAGCGGUACCGGAGGUAUCUCCUGCGGUGCUGCACGUGUGGUACUGGCUGGACCCAGGGAAGGGCUCAUCUGCAGCAGCUGCUGCUGCUGUGGCGGCGGCAGCGGUUCCUGCUGCUCCUCCCUCCUCCCUCUACUCCCGCCAGCCAUUGCGCAACCAGCUUAUCUGCCAGCAUACGCCGCCCGUGGUGGACCCCGAGACGGGCGGCGAGGUUUGUCUCUAUCUGGACCCGAGCAGGAUCGACGUGGAGAAGCUGGUGCUGUUUGCCGCCCGGUGUUCGGCGCAUGCCAAGCUGGCGCAGUUAAGGCGAGACCUGCUGGCGGCUCCGCUGCUCUGUUCCGGGCCCCAAGACCCCCCUCCUCCUCCAUCUCCUCCUCUGCACUCGUCUGUAGAUGCUGCAAAGGGUGCAGUGCCGCUGAGCGAAAAUUCGGGAGGAGAGGGGAAGGAAAAAAGGGGAGGGGAGUUGGAUGGCGUUGCGAAGAGGCUGGGGAGUGUGCUGGGGAAGCGGAAGUUGCUUAUGGAAUCUCUGUCGCUUGCCAACGCUGGCAUGCCUGGCAGUGGUGAUAGUGUUGGGGAUGAUGCUGGUGAUCAUGGUGGUGGUGGUGGUGGUGGUGGUGGUGGUGGUGCUUCAACCCAUGAUGACCUGCCAAGAGGCAAGAAGCAGAGGCAGCGAGACAAUGGGAGAGGGGUGGCAACAUCUGGGGGUGGAGAGUGGGGGAGAGGCAGCAGCAGAGGCGGGGACAGGUGGGGCAGGGAAGCGUCUAGGUCGAGAGGGAGGGAGGUGCUGUGGGUGCGGGCGUGUGGCGACUGGUUUGCUGCCAUCGGCGUGAACACGCGGACCGGGCGGUACGAGGUGUGGGCGGGCGGCAAGGGCUUGUCCUGGGCGGCAGCGAGGGAGGUGGAGGGGGCGCUGAACAGUGGGAGCUCGACAGCUGGCGACGCGCUGGUGCUGCUGCGCCUGCACUGCCUGCACGCCCAGCUCACGGCUGCGGGCAUGGCUCUGGGUCUCGUGGUGAGUUGGCAAUACCUGCAGUUCAUUGGAUUUGAUGGGAUUGCUUUGCUGCUGCUGCGCCUGCACUGUCUGCAUGCUCAACUGACGGCAGCGGGCAUGGCUCUGGGAAAGGGGAUGGAUUGGGGGGAAAAGGGGAGGGCGGGGGAGGGAGAGGAAGGAGAUCAGGGGAGAAUGAGGAAAGGGGGGAAAAGGGGGGAUGGCGAGAGGAAGGAGAUGGUGGGAGGUUGGGAGGAGCUUUUGGAUAUGGCGGAUAACUGGGAAAGUGAUGGUGAGGAGGAUGUUGAGAGGGAUGAGAGGCUCGGAGGAGUGGGCGAUAAUGGGGAGAUGGGCAGUGUAGUGGGGAUUGGGGUGGGAGAGGGUGCAGAGCAAGCAGCAGCCGUUGAUGGAAAGCAGAGUGCAGAUCGUGCUGCAGCGGUUCAAAGCGGUGGUGAUGAUAAAGACAGUGGUGGUGCUGGUGGUCGUCGUGAUGUUACUGAUGCACCCAAGGCCCAUGAACCAGCAGGCAGAUCUGUCAAGAAGCGCAAACGCCACCACACCAUUCACCACCCAUCCCAACCCCUUCACUGCGCUCUGAUUGGCCGGCCGCUGCAGGAGCUGGUACAGCUGGCAGGUCGGGGCAAGGUCCCUGUGUCCCUCAUCUUCCCCCUCGUGCUCUCCCGCGCCCAGCACCUCGCUGCUGCUACCGUCAAGCACUCCCUCCUCUCCUCCCUCCUCUCCUCUGCUGGUGUUUCCACCGUUCCCUUCCUCUCUGCUGCCUCCUCCUCCCCCUCCUCCUCCUACUCCUCACUCUCCGCCUCCUCCCCCUCUCACUUCCCCUGUCUGCCGCCCCUCAUUUCAUCUUCCCUCUCCUCCUCUGCGACUGCUUCACAUUCGGAUUCCUGUUAUCCACCAUCCACUGUCCGCCCCUCCGCCCUCGUCUCCCCCCAAACCCUGCUGCGGAUUCCAGGCUUUCCCCCUCCUGCAGCAGCAGCUGCACUGCCCCCAGAUACCGCCUCCCCCUGGCAAUCCCUGCUGCUGAGAUCCGAUUCGCCGGCCACUGCCAGCUGGUCCGUGCUGGUGCCAGCUCAGCAUUUUGUCAGCUUGUGGCAGCUUCAGGAGUUUUGUCAGCUUAGGCAGCAGCAGCAGCAGCAACAGGAGAUGGAAAUCGAGCAAGGAGGAAGAUUCCUUGGACUUGCCGAACCUGUGCAUGCACCCGAACUGGCAGGUGAUGCUGCCGAACCUGAUGCUACCAAGCCUGGUGUCACGAGGUUCGGGAGAACGAGAGCAAGCAGAGGAGGAGGGGGUGAGCACCGCAUGAAACGCAUCCUUCGCAUGUGUGUGUGGGCCCAGGAAGGAGUUGCUUACAGCGAUGAGAGCACAGGCUGCCCUGUGCGCGUCCAGAUUCAAUGGUUCCCAGCUGCGUCUACUGCUUCUCCUGCUGCCACUGCAGCCGCUUCCAAUGCUGGUGUUGAGGGGACGGGGGCAAUGAAACGGGAGCAUAAUCUGGAUGCGGGUGGCAGUGGCGCUGAUGCUGCUGCUGCUGCUGGCGGUGCUGGUGGUGGCGCUGAUGAUGGUGGUGGUGGUGACGAUUGGGGGGAUGUGUCAUUAGCUUAUCUAGAGGAGUGUGUGCGCAUGGACGAUGCAGGGCUGCUGCUGGACGCCGUUCACCUCACAGCAGCCCAAUCCUUCUCGCUCCUUUCAGCUCAUCCGAAUCCCAUUUUCUAUUUAUUCUUUGUCCCCUCCUUUUCGUCCUCUGUCCAUGGGCAGUAUCUAGAGGAGUGUGUGCGCAUGGACGAUGCAGGGCUGUUGCUGGAUGCCAUUCGCCUCACAGCAGCGCCGCUCCACGCCUUGCACUCCGCCAUCCGCCCCCUCCGCUCCCUCUCUGUCCCUCCCACCUCGCUGCCGCCGCACCUACACCAUCAUGCACAGCAGCGGCCAAAGGUGCAGCCAUCGCAGAAUAAUGUUCCUGCACAUGCUGCAGCUCCUGCUGCAGGCGCCACUGCGUCUGCUCCUCCUGCUCCUGCAGCAUCACCACCAGAAGCUUCUGCUUCCGCUGCAGCCUCAGCCAGUGCCACUGCAGCAGCCACUGCAGCCCCAGCAGUAGCAGCAGCAUCAGCAGCGGCGGCGGCAGCAGCAGCAGCAGGGGCGUCGCGAGGGCUGAUGCUGGGAGCAACACUGUGCUCUCUCCUCCCAGGAGACAUCACAAUCAUCCCACGUGGCCCCUUCUCCUUCCGCAUCGUCUACCGCCACGACUUUGCCAUCCACAUGCGCUGCUUCGCCCCCGAAUUCGUCUGGUUGCAGCCCGCCCCGCCGCCCAAAUCCUACGACCUGCCGCCCGGACUCGUCGCGAUGUUCCCGGAAGGCUCCGCUGCUGUUGUGGCUGCUGCAGAAACUCCCAGCGGUGCUGCUGGGAGCGGGAACAGGGGUGGUGGCAACAGGAGGGGUGGGGCAUCGGGAGGACCCACUCCAGGCAAUGGCUAUCCGAAUGGGUCACCCAGUGGUGGUUCUGCUGCUGCUGCGGCAGCAGCGAGCGGGGUGAUUCGAGGGGAUCUGUCUCUGGGAGGAUCUUUGCCCUGCCCACAGUUCCGCCCCUUCAUUCUGGAGCAGGUCUCUCUGCUGCUCUCACAGCUCUCACAUGCGCCUGACCUGCCUCCCGCUGCUGCUGCUGCUCUUCCUCCUGCUUCCACCGCUCCUGCUGCUGCUGGUCCGGGUGCUGGCAGGCUUGGGAGGACAGGGCCAGGGAUGGAGAGCCUGGGAGCAGGAGGGCAGCAUUCGGCCGGUCCCAGCAGCUCACACCAGCAGCAGCAGCAGCAGCAGCAGCAGCAGCAGCAGAGGGUGGAGAUGCAGCGGUGGCAGCACAUGGCAGCAUCCCUCGCCUCCUCAGUGCGAGCAGAGUCCCACACGGCCAUGGUGGGGCUGUCAGACGACGGCGGGUACGGCGGGGCGUGGGUGCCCGUGGUGCUGCUCAAGCGAGUGCUGCGCAGCAUGCUGCGGUACCUGGGGACCAUUGCUCUAUUUGCUCGGUUUCCGUCUGUGCUGGCGGCUGUGCUGGGCCCGGCCAUGGGGACGAGGGAGGCUGGGCUGCUGUCACAGGAUCCGGAGCAGCCUGCUCUGCGGUUCUUCAUUGGCAAUUAUGUGUACAUGGUGAAUCUGCACCGCCAUCGCCGCCCCACUGCCGGAGACCAGCUGCAACUCAUGCUGCAGGUCGUAAACGCCCGCAUGGCUCCACAACGCCACCCGCCUGCCAUGACACCCGACGCUGACGUGGACAUGAGCCCUGCUGAGCUGGCGGAGAUCAGUGAUCUCUUCACGCGCAAGGUGGCGGUGGAGCCCUUCGACGUGUCCCGCCUGUCUUCCUUCGUGACACUUGUCAUGCUCCCAUUGGCUGUGAUCCGCGAGUUCAUGGGCUUGCUGGCCUUGAGAAGGGAGCAGCAGCGACUGCUGGCUGCUGCUGCAGCUGCUGCUGCCGGACCAGGCGGGGCAGCAGCAGGAGAGGCAGUAUCAGGGGGAGGUACACCUGCUUGUGGGGCUGUUGCAGGUAAUAUCCCUACCAUCCCACCAGCCGCCCGGAUCGCAGUCGACCUGUGCUUUGAGAAUCGCAUCGGGCUAGGCUGGGAUCUCCCAGAUUCUUUCGGGAGACACAGUGGAGGUUCAUCUGGGGGAGGUGUAUCUGCAGGGCAGGUUCACCCAGGCGCUGCUACAGCCGGGAAUGCAGCUGGCAGCGGUGGAACAGCCGACCGCAGCGAUAUCAGCUACAGCCGGGCGGAAAGCCGAGUGGAUUUCUCUCUUGUCCUGCUCAUGGACCAUGCCGCCCUCUCCGCCGCCCACCUGCCAGUCCAAAUCGCGGGCGGCGCAGGCUGGCUGGCGCACUGCAUCUCGGUGCGCCUCCGCUUGCACUUCUCCGCGGCCCCUGCCAAUCCGGCUGCUGCUGGUGCAGGCGCUGCCUCUGUUCCUCCCGGUGCACGAGGGCCGUUGAUUCUGCAGCUGUCUCUGCUGGCCGUUGAUGGCAGUCAUGGGGGGAAAGCGUGCUGGAGUAAGGCAGAGGACUGGGACAGGUGUAAGCAGCUGAUUGGCAGGGCGAUCAAGGAAAUGCCAUCACCACCACCAGCAGCGGCUGCCGCAGCUGCCGCGGCGGUAGCAGCAGGUGGAGGAGUCAAGGAAAUGGGGGUGGUGGUGGGAGGGAGAGGAUGGUUGAGAGUGUUAUCUGAGAGGUUGCAGGCAGCAGUGCACUCUGCACUGGCCUCGUCUCACAGGGUUUGA